GAAAAGGGGCGAGAAGGUGUGGGUGGAGAUAACGGUGAAACACAGACUAGUUGAAAAUGCCGCAUCAUACUUUGGUGGCGUCCUGCUGUCAGUUCACUAAGCACAAGUCUACAUUAAAGCAUUAUGACUGCAAAGAAUCCAAAACCAGAGAUGUGGCAUUCCACGUAAGCAAGCCUGUCCCUGAUCAAACAACCUACACUCCUCUGACAUUCGGCACCAUCCUCUACAACUCUGGUUCAGGCUAUAGCUCCAAAUCAGGGAAGUUCACAGUACCAGAGUCAGGGACCUACUUGUUCUGGACUCAGAUAGAAAUGUAUGAUUCAAACUCUCAAAUGAAGGUUUGGAUCAUGUCGAAGGGGCUUAUCCUGGCCGCUGGAUUGGUGUCAACAGACUCAAAUAUUGACGACGCCACUGCCGAUGCUCAGGUUGUCAAACAUUUGACGACUGGCGACGAGGUGUGGGUAGAGAUAACGGAUAAACACAAACUAACUGAAAAUGACGGAUCAUACUUUGGUGGCGUCCUGCUGUAAAUUGACUGACCCAAAGUCUACAAUAAAACGUUAUGACUGCAAA